AUGGGCGCUUGCCAGGGAGUGGCAGCUGCUGAAGGAGACGACGAAGUCGUCAUGGGCAGAGUGGAAAGCGAAGGGGAACCUGAGGGGGACUUUCCAACGAAUGUUCCCCUUUGUAAAUUUGCUUGUGGAAAGGCUGUCCAGCCAGGGAAAACCAAGCGUGGGAACAAUUUCGACACAUGUUGCAGGACGUGUGCGGUAAACAAGGGCAGGGGCAUCCACGACCCAACUUGUGGCGGUGCUGCACCCCCUCCUACCAACUCUCGCAAGGCUUGCAAAGUAGGGUCCAAGUGCAGGGACCGCAGCAAAGCACACUUGGAGGAACUAUCCCACCCUUUGGAUGAGGACUAUGCGAUUGCUUGCUCAAUGACCAAGGACGUGGAAGCUGAACCGUUGACUUUGAGAGUGGUCUUCGAUUGGAGCGAUGCCGACGGGUCUGGGAAGCUGUCGAGAAAGGAGCUGGAAGCCUCUUUGGAGAUGAUCAAAAGGGCUUGUGGAGAUUCCCUUGGCGCGAUCACUGAUGAGGCUUGGCUACACCUUGACGAGGAUGGUAAUGGUGUGGUGAACUUUGGGGAGUUUGCAUCCUGGGCUGGGCCACGGCUUGGCUUGGAAUUGGGUGUAGCAAAGAUGCUUGGCAAGUCAGCCAGCCUCAUGAUGGCUUCGUCUCCCUGCAGUGUCAUUGGUUGUCCUUGUGAAUCAUGGGGAGGACACGAGGAUGACCAACACGACAAGAAAUGCAAGGAAUGCAAACAUAAGAAAGGCUUACACGUGGCGAAAGCAACAACUGGCGAAGUUCCGUUGCCGCCCUAUUGGGACCAUCAAGACGGUGACUUUAACGACCUCAUUCCAAUGACAGGCAAGAAUGUGAAAGAAGAGUUUCAAAAGCUUCUUGACAAGACCUAUAGGAAAGCCUAUACCAAAGACCGCGGCAAGCACAACCCAACCAACCCGAAGGUCCCCAAGGGCUUCGAAGUCCUCGCCGUGAAACGAAAUGAGAACAAGCACGCCUGGCAGGAAUACGCCUUCAGGCGUGGGGAUAUUAGGAAUCGAAGCGAACUUCCCGUGAUGUUCGCUGAUGUCAAGACAAGUCUCGCAAUGGAUGAAAUCGGAGGAGACAAGGCCAACCGGUUGCUCUCUGAGUGUAACGAGUGGUACCUUUUUCACGGCACCAAUCCAGAUGCAGCAAGUGCAAUUUGCAAAUCAGACUUCAAAGUGAGUCGAGCUGGCUCUAGCACUGGCACUCUAUACGGCAAAGGACUCUAUUUUGCAGAGUCCAUCACCAAGGCUGAUGAGUAUGCCAAGCCCAACAGUGAGGGACGUUAUGCAGUACUACUAUGUCGCGUCAUUGGUGGCAACGUGAAUUACACCGAUGAAGUCACUCCAGAUCCUGAAGCACUGGUACAUUCUUGCAUUGAAGGGGAGUACGACUCAGUCUGUGGUGACCGUGAGAAGACUCGGGGAACGUACAGGGAGUUCGUACUAUUCGACUCUGAAGAUGUCUAUGUUGAAUACGUCAUAGAGUACAAGCGGAAGUAUGAAUCUUGA